AUGAGCCGGCACAGCCGGCUGCAGAGACAGGUCCUGAGCCUGUACCGCGAGCUGCUCCGCGCCGGGCGCGGGAAGCCGGGCGCCGAGGCCAGGGUGCGGGCCGAGUUCCGGCAGCACGCCAGCCUGCCACGCUCCGACGUGCUGCGCAUUGAGUACCUGUACCGCCGCGGGCGGCGCCAGCUCCAGCUGCUCCGCUCGGGCCACGCCACAGGUAUGGGCGCCUUCGUACGCCUGCAGGGCCCGCCCGGGGAGCCCGGCGAGGUGGGGGCCCGGGAGAGUGUGCCUAAGGACGCUGAAGGUCCGAGGAGUCCGCAGGAAGGCGCGAGAGAACCGGAGACACCACCUGGUGGACGAUGA